AUCUGUAGUAGAAUGUCCAGGAAGAUUGAAGUGUUCUCCUACUGGCUUUUGUAUGUUACCAUGUCCUUUUACGUAGGGGCUAUCUGGUUUGGCCAAUGUACAUGGAAGAGGGGCAUUGCUGGCACAUGAUGUCAUAUAUGCCAUCUAGUAGAUGUGCAGGAAGAAAAGUUCUCCCACCUCCAUCCAAUCUGCAUUAUUCAUUUGGUCAGCUCUGUAAACUGAAAUGGACAUGGAAUCCUGCAGAGGGCAUUAGCAGUGGCUGUGAUCUAAAAUAUUGCAGUGAAAUUUUGAUUAAUGGCAUCCCGCAAGAUAACCGAGAAUGGACUAAGAAUCUUUUUCGUGAGGAAGAUGUAUCCUUGAAUGAGGAGGUUCAUUUCAGAGUGAGAAGUGAAUGCAAAUUUGGUAAUACAAGUGAACUAAGCAACUGGGUGGAGAUUUUUACUACACCAAAAGGUGCUGCAGGCACUGCUGCUGUUGGCAUAAAUUGCACUUGGUAUGACUUAGAGUACAUGAUCUGUACAUGGCUUCCUGGAUGGAAUGCAAGUGCUAGUACCAACUACACUCUGUAUUAUUGGUAUGAAGGCCUGGGACAUCGCCAGCAGUGCCAGAAUUAUAUCUAUGGCGAUAACUUUGGAUGUAAUUUCAGUCUUUCAAUCCCAAAUUGUACAAAUGUCUAUCCAACUGUCAGUAUUUUGAUCAGAGGCAACUCGGAGGAAAUUAGGCCUGUCUGUGCAAACAAAAAUCCAACAACAAUUGUAAAACCUGGACCUCCAAGGAUUGUAACAGUAUCAAUGAUCAAAGAUGAAAUACAUUUAGAAUGGCAAAAGCCAGGCACCUUUCCAGCACAUUGCUUAGUUUACCAAGUAGAACUUAAAGACAGCAAAUCGGACUCCCCUCAGCCAUAUAAUUUUAAAAAGUUCACUAAAGCUCGGUUUCCCAGUGUUCAUCCUAACACUGUGUACAUCAUCAAAGUGAGAGCAGGGUUUGAAGGAACAUGUUACAGCAGCAGUCUAUGGAGUGACUGGAGUGAGGAGAAGAGCAUUGGUGAAAAUACAGACUUCACAUUUUAUAUUGUUUUAAUACUCACUAUUCCAUUAACAGUAGCAGUCGCUACUAUAAUUCUACUAGUGUACCUGAAAAGGCUCAAGAUUCUAAUUUAUCCACAAAUUCCUGACCCUAGAAAAAUUAUUAAACGUAUGUUUGGAGAGCAAAUUGAGGACUUCCAGGGCAGUCUGGGGGAUGACUUUUUGAAUGUCAAUAAACCAGCUGUAGAAGAGGAAAUCUCCUCUUUAGUUUGGCUAGAGAAUCCAGAGAGCUCCACAUCUGAAAAUGAGGACCAAGAAAGACCUGCUCUACAAGUGAAAGCCUUGUGAGGAAGACUUCUUUGUUGCAGUUUGUUUACCUCAGAGGAUUUCUGAAUGUUGACAGUGACUGGUCUGCAAGGCAGACACCCACAUUCCAUUCAGCAAACCCCUGCUGAAAACUCACCUCUCUGGUGACACUUGCAAGAUAAAAUGUUGACCGUUGCCAGCUUCCAUCUCUAAAUGUGCUAAAAAUGCUCCCAGAGCCACCACGAUAUGCAUGUACAUAAAGCAUGGGACUGGCCCCACCGCAGUGUCCCUCCUCCUGCCUAGGCUCAGCUCUUCCAACUACUUGCCUCUUACUUCUGCUCACACCUCACACUUGGACUGUAGGCAGUUUGAAGCAAGAACUGGUUCUUCUGUGAAGCGCCUUGCUCAGCUUGGUGAGAAGUAAAACAAUAAACAACUUGUUUACAGCGUGUCACUGCUGGGACAUAGGAACUGCCAGGAGAUGGGAUGGACCAUUUAGUCUGGCAUCCUGUCUCUAACAGUGGCCGAUUCCAGACGCGUCAGAGGAAGGUGCAAUAAAUCUUCAAGAGUAUUUAUGGAAUAACUAUCUGGCUAUAAAGGAAGUUUCUCCUAACACCUCCAGUUAGUGGUGGCCGAAACCAAAGAGGAGGAUUUAUAUCCUUCCUUUAAAAUAUAUGUAUAUACACAAGUCUCCUAGCAUAAGUGGAUGUUAUCACUAACCACACAAGUGUUUAAUCCUUUUUGAAUUCUACAAAGUUCUUGGCCGCUAAUAUCUUUUUGAUGGUGAGUUUCAUCAGUUAAUUAUGCUCUGUUUAAAAACCACUGCAGUCUCUCACUUUAAAUGUGUAGCCUUUCAGCUGCUGCUGCUGGGACUGGCUCUCUCCAUGUAGCCCUGCAUAACGUCCCAGGCUGGGGGGAAGGUGAAAGCCCGCUUCUUGGGAGUAAGCUUUGCUCUUCCCCGUGGUUAACAUAGUGAAGCUAUUUUGUUCUUGGUUUUCUCCUCUGAGAACUCGAAAGCUAUUUAAAAGAAGUAGAGGCUGACUUUAUUUCACGCUGUCUCUGCUGAUGGUAUUUAUCUUUAGUGAUUGUACAUCCAUAGACUUUUAAGGUCAGAAGGGACCAUCGUAAUCACUAGUUGAUUGUUCAUAAUAUUCUCCUUAGCUGUGUCUGAGGUUGUUUUCGCCAUGCUCUCCUGUUGUAAAUUCUAAGCAUAACUUAAUGUGUGCUUUUAUGCUUCAAGUAGGGUUACUUUCUGGCCAUUCUUAUGCCUCCUAAAGAUGGAGAGAAAGAACUGCAGAAAAAAAAUCAUAUCAGACGGCCUUACGUGGUGGAUUAGGGAUUUUCUUUCUCCUCUAAGAAGUGCAGUGCAGUUAGCUGAUAAGAGACCUAGCUCUAAACAAAUUGGAACAGGCCACCUCACAAGUUUCAUUGGAAGCCAUUAGGACUGGAAGGGACCAUCCUCUUCAUACAUGUAUCAGUCCCCAAAACAAGGAUGCACUCUCAGGGAUUUUAAUAAAAGAUACAGCAAAACGCUCAAAAACAUCAGCUAAUAAUAGGUUGUUCCAGAGGGAGAAGAGUUUUAAAGAAUAUCCUGCCUGUUAAAUUCCCUUUCCAAACUUAAGCCCCCCAAAACAUUCAUUGUACAUUAUUCUAAAGAUUUUCCAUUUACUUCUCUGAUCUUACCAUAGUUAAAAUGAUCUACCUCAACUAGAAUGGUAUUAGCUCUGGCAUCACAGUGUGACCAGGAACGUAAAACAACAGUAUAAGGAAGGGCAAUGGAUUUUUUCUUACCAAUCUAGGAAGAAAAUUAUUGGCACUUUGCCACAAAUUCUUUUUGAGUUAGCUUCUGUGGUGUUUCUGGCAAAACUGAAGCUUAUUAAAGAGAACAUUCUGUUUGGUUUUGUGUGUUUAAGUAGUAGAGUAGUGCUAGGCCAAAAUGAAGAGAUAAAUGUAGGUCCUAAUAAGGAUGUUGUGAAUAAUUUUUUGUUUCCUGACUAUGAAUAGUGAAGACACUUCCCAGUAAAUGAAUUUCUUGUGUCUAUUACGUUACAUACCACAAUGCAACGUGAGUACACUUGAAUUGCUGUUUUUUUCUUUUUGUCCAUAUGCCAUUUUUAGUAGACUUCUUGACAAGUUUGGGAUUUUUUUUUUCAGCUUUUGUAAUGAUGUGAAUCUUCUAAUGUUUGUUUUUGUUUUCUUUUAUUACAGUUACUUGAUUGUAAUUUUGUUAAAAGGAUGAAUAAAAAUAUA